ACCCUAGCUCCAGUGGCCCCCAGAAUCACCGCACUGUCAAGGUCGUGUCAACACGAUGCCUUGUGACAAUCCACCACCUAUGGAUCCGUUCACCUAUCUCAAGGAGAAUUAGCGGCUAAGACUGCCGCAUUGUUUUCCCACGCUGAACAUGGAGGGGUUAAACGCGUGGCUUCAGAGUAGUUUCGAUCCAUCAGAGGCGUGGUGUCAGCGGAGCUCCAGAGUGGAGAGAGCCUGCUGAGGAGUGAGGAGGUUCAUGUGGACAUUUCUGGAGGAGGCUGUCCAAGGAGGAGACCGACGGGAAGGGAUUGGAACACGGAGGAGAGAAUUCCUUCCAUUUCUAUUUUGCAUCUGGAGGAUAUUCGCACUAAGUUGGAAUUAUAAAACGUAAAGAAGUGGAGUUUUGACUUAUCGUGAGAUGUGACGUGGACGGUUGUUUUCAUCCACAUCAAGUUUAGUUAGUUUAGUUUGUUUCAAAAUGACGAAUAACAGCAAACGCCUCCGGAUUCUCUUAACUUGAGAUUCGUUUUUUGGGUUGUCGCCACUUCGACUAACUCCGUAAAAGAAGCUUUUUUUGUACACACUCUGUCAAUGUUUAUCUUCAUUUGGAGUUAAUCGAUUUGGCUUCAAAUGACUUAACCUCAUCUUAGAACUAUGUGUCGGGUUUCCAUUCUCACCUUGGCGUUAAUGUGCCUCCUGACAUGGACAGGCGAGGCGGAUAAAUACACCCGUCGCAUUCGGGCGCAGCUAAACGGGCGACCGAGGCCGGGUGCAACAACAAGGGGGCGCCAUUUUGAGCGCGCGCGCCCCGGCUUCGCCUCUGCCAUCUCGGUGCACAGCUUCAAGAAGGCGGAUGGCGUUCAAGCAGAUGAGGCCACAUCUCGGAUGCGGAGAAGAGGCGCGGGGGUGGGAAGUGUCGCGAUGCUACAGGACGAAGGCACCCCCGGCGGGGCGAGGGCCAGGGUGACAAGAAUGCCCACCGGCGCAGGUUCGCCCAACCUGCUGGCCAGUUUCGCGGGGAAGAACCGAGUUUUGGUGAUCUCGGCGCCGCACGAGUCCGAUGGCUACUACCGCUUGAUGAUGUCGCUACUGAAAGCCGACGUGUACUGCGAGCUGGCUGAGAGGCACGUCCAGCAGAUCGUCAUGUUCCACCAGGAGGGUGAGAUGGGCGGGAAGGUGCGACGGAUUACCACCGAGGGUAAAGUGAUGGAGGAACAGUUGGACGUCACCCUCAUCCCGAGACUCAUGAGCUUCCUGAAGCUGGAGAAAGGUAAAUUUGGGAUGGUUCUGCUGAAGAAGACGCUGCAGGUGGAGGAGCGGUAUCCAUACCCUGUGAGGCUGGAGGCCAUGUAUGAGGUGAUCGACCAGGCGCCCAUGAGGAGGCUGGAGAAGCUUCGUCAGAAAGGUUUUGUCCAGAAAUGUAAAGGAGCAGGCGUGGAGGGUCAAGUAGAAGAGGGCACGCUUACUGUGGAUACACCAACUGAAAGAAAACCAGCAAAGAAAUUCAUGAGAAAGCCCACAACAACCACAUCUACAACAACAGCAACAACAACAACUACUACGACUCGACCAACAACAACCACAACUCGACAAACAACAACGACAACUCGACCGACAACGACCACAACUCGACAAACAACAACGACAACUCGACCAACAACCACUACAACUACAACAACCAAAGCCACAACAACCACAAGAAGAACCACCACCACCAAACGAACCACCACAACCACACUGACACCAACCAGACCCCAUACCAUGGCCAUAGUGGUACCCCCACCACCAAGAACCACCGCUGAUUCCUAUUACUACAACCCAAGAGAGAGGGAGCGCUACCCGGCCAAAACCACACCAUCUGGUGACAACCACACAAACAAAGACCAGAAGGAUCCACGUAUUAACAAGCUGGUUCCCGUCACACGAAAACCCUCCAAGAUCAAACCAAUAAAGAGGAAAAAUGAAGGCGAGAAGGUGCUAACAAAUGAGUACGAGGCUGGCAAGCCGACAGUCACUUAUCCUGAAGAGAACGAGGGCUUCCCGGAUAUCAUUCCCACCAAGAAGGUGAAGGCCAAGCAUGACAAAAAGAAAAACAAGAAUGAGAAGGCUGCCAAAAAGGCAGAGAGGCGAGGCGGUAAGAUGGGCAAAGAGGGUAAGAAUGGCGGCAAGAAAAAUGGAAAGAAGCUGUCAAAGUACCCAGAAAAGGACGACUACCCGAAGCCCACGAAGAAGCCGACACCUCCUCCCAAGGGAUCUCUGGCCUCCUUCCUGGACUACUUUGAGAACCGUAGAAGACUGCUGCUGAUUACAUCACCCAUGGAGGAGAACAAGAUGUAUGUCCAGCAGAGGGACGAGUACUUGGAAUCGGUAUGUGAGAUGGCCAUCAGGAAAGUCUCCAUCAUCACCAUCUUUGGCUCGCUGGUCAACUCCACCAUGAAAAUAGACCACUACCAGUUGGAGAACGACAAGCCUAUGAAGGGAUUGCGUCAGGAGGAUUUGGUGAACCAGGAUCUGAUCACAGAGUUGAGGAAAGAGUUCAGCAUGAUCCAUGAUGACUUCCACAUGGUUCUCACUGACACCGACAUGAGGAUCAAGCAAUCCUACGAGGUUCCCAUCGCCAUGAAAGCCGUGUUCAAUUACAUCGACACGUUCUCCUCACGCAUCCGAGAAAUGGAACAGCAGAAGCGAGACGGCGUUGUUUGCAAGAAAGAAGACAAGCCCAGAUCAUUGGAGAACUUCCUCUCGAGGUUCCGAUGGCGUCGCCGUCUCUUCAUCAUCUCUACUCCCAGUGAUGAGGAGUGGGCCUAUCAGCAGCAGCUCUAUGGCCUCAGCAGCCAGGCCUGCAACCUGGGUUUAAGGCACAUCUCCAUUCUGAAGUUGGUUGGGACGGAGCUGCUGGACAUGGGAGGAGUGUUGGAACUUUAUCCUUUUAAUGGGAGCGCCACGGUGGAACGCGAAGGCCUGUCAGCAACCCUCGUCAAGGACAUGAGGAACUACUUCCAGAUCAGCCCAGAAUACUUCUCCAUGCUGUUAGUGGGUAAGGACGGUAACGUCAAGUCCUGGUACCCCUCGCCCAUGUGGUCAAUGGCGAUCAUCUACGACUUGGUGGACUCGAUGCAGUUGCGCCGGCAGGAAAUGGCCAUCCAGCAGUCGCUGGGCAUGCGUUGCCCCGAGGACGAAUACGGCGGCUACGGUUACCACCAACACGGAUACGAACAUGGCUAUCAGGACGGCUAUCACCAGGGCUACGGUUACUAGCUGCUUCUCUAAAUAUGUGGGUGGAUGCUCGCCACAUGCAACCUAGCACCCCCUUCCUUCUGUUAGCAGCCCUUUAAUUUCCCCAAAAUGAGGUCAUUGGGUGUUUUUGUAGCACUAAGUGGAGGCAGCCAAAUGAUAGCUUUCACCACUUCUUCCAGAUAUAGCCCAGUAUGGUGCCACUUAAUGGUCAUUUGCGAGAGGCUCUAUCUAAUCAAGAGAUGGGUUAGCCAAUAAAAGUAUAGAGGAGCAUAAGGGGAGUUUGUUUUUAUUUUUAACUCAGACCAAUUUCCAUGUUAUCACUGUAGAUAAUGCGCUAAAAUAAGUCAUAUCUGUAUUUAUUUGACUUCUGUUGCAGUUAUUCAGCUGCUCUCUUGUUGCAAUUAUUUAUACUCUAUUUUGGCUACAUGAUACAUUGAUUUUACUUCUAGUAAUGCUAUUAUGUCAAGCUGCUUUUUUUUGUUUUUUUUAGCUUUAUACUUUCUACUUUAUGAAAUACUGGCCUUUUGUGAAAGAUUUCUAUAAAAUAUUUGGGUAACACUUUAUUGUAAUGUACACAAAAUUACAGUAGUUAAUGAAGAACCAACCUACCUAACCCUCACCACUACUCAUUAGUUCCUCUGUAACUACUGUAAAUGUAUGUGCCUCAGUCAUUAGUGCCUCAGGAGUUAGUAACUGUUGUAUUUUUGUGUACCUUCAUUGGAAAGUGAGACCAAUAUCUGUAUUAUGAUACGUAUGACAAUGGAAUAAAAGAAUGACAUUUCUUGUAAUACAAUGUGAA